CUAUUUCAAUCAAGUGAGAAAUAGUGGCCCAUGUUUAGGAUUCUCCCAAAAUAGCCUAAAUAAAUGGACGAAUACUCUCAUUUGACAAAAUGACUUCCGGAUAAAUAUACUAAAAUCAAAGUAGCCGUACACUUCAAGUACAGUGUUGUUUUUCACUCGGAAAAUGUGCGUGCGUACACACUGUACAGAGGAGACAGUAAGAGCCAACAUUUGGAUAUCGCUGUGUAUUCUGGGUACAGACAGUAAUUCCACGAUGGCGGCGAGCAGGAGGCUGCACAAGGAACUUGAUGAAAUCCGCAAGUCUGGAAUGAAAAAUUUUCGUAACAUUCAAGUGGAUGAAUCAAAUAUUUUGACUUGGCAAGGCCUCAUUGUUCCAGACAACCCUCCAUACGAUAAAGGUGCUUUCAGAAUCGAGAUCAUCUUCCCAGCAGAGUACCCCUUCAAGCCCCCCAAGAUCACGUUCAAGACCAAGAUCUACCACCCCAACAUCGACGAGAAGGGACAGGUGUGUCUGCCUGUGAUCAGCGCAGAGAACUGGAAACCAGCCACUAAAACUGACCAAGUGAUCCAGUCCCUGAUUGCGCUGGUCAACGACCCCCAGCCAGAGCAUCCUCUCAGGGCAGACCUAGCAGAGGAAUACUCUAAGGACCGUAAAAAAUUCUUUAAGAACGCAGAAGAGUUUACAAAGAAACAUGGAGAAAAACGACCUGUGGACUGAGAACGCAAACGUGUGACUCCCUCUUCCUAUUCCCCCCCUCCCCCCUGGCCUCCUCUAUCUACUCUCCCCCCCCCCACACCCCUCUCUGCUCUUACCCAAUCUCCUGAAAAUGCCCCCACACACGUACACACAUCCUUCUAGCCCCCCUCCUCCUGGGGCGAUAUAUCUCAGCUCCACUUCUCCCUGGCAACAGGACUGUGUCGUGAAUCAGGCAGGUUGGUCACCUCUGGGUAUCAGCUUGUGGCUGUUACUAACUUUCUACUGAUUUCUUAAAUUAUAAAAAUGCCGGAAUUGGGCCCAAGAGAGCAACUUGUUAGAGGGAACAAAAAAAAUACAACGGAAAGAAAGAUCUAGAUGGAAAUGUUAUGCUCAAUUUGUUCAUGAUUUGUACACAGAAGUGCUGGUGCAGACCUCUGUAUAAAGAUGAUCAAGUGUUUUGAAAACUAUUUGGUAAAUGCUCAACUUGUGGUCUGAUUGUGAACCCAUUUCAUCUCACUCCUUCCCCUCACUAAAAUAUGUAACAGAAAAAAAAUCCACCCCAAAAGCAACAAAAUGAUAAAAAAACAAACACUUAAAGCAUCGAGGUUCAGGUGUGUGGAGAAAUGUUUAUUUUAUGUUUCUUCUUCUUUUUUUUGCCUAUGUUGCACUUUACUCUGUGGAACUAGCUUUUAAGUUUACCAUAAAACUUCAGUUUGUCACCAAUUCAAUCUUCCAGAUGUUAUAAAAGGGAAAAAAAGUUUGA